AUGGAUGAUAGAAACCUUCAAUUGUGGACCCCCGCAUUUCUUCGGCGGAGGGUCUUUAUUGUGUUCUCGUUAGCCUACUUGACCAUUAUCGCUGCGCUCGCCGCAUUAUGCCAGUAUUCAAGUACCCAUCAAGGAUUUGUGGCGUCCCACCCAAAAAGAUAUCUUCUAUGGCAAUAUGGUCCAACUGCCGUCUUCAAUAUUCUCGCGGCAUUUUGGGGCCAAGUUGAACACAGAGUCAAGCAACUCAUUCCUUGGAAAUUGAUGUUUCGGAAACCUAGAUCGGUAGACCGCAGUCUGCUCCUAGAUUUUAUAUCUCCCUUGAGCAUCACGUCGUUCAUUUUCUCUUUAAAAUCACCUGACUUAACUCCCGUUGCUGUUACGGUCGGCGGAGGGUUCAUGCUAAAGCUGGUUACAAUCUUGAGCACGGGGCUCUUUAUCCUACGUUACACAGCCUUGGAACGACCAGCGGAUAUUGUUUUAUCGGACCAGUUCGGUGGGCCAAACGCCAGUCACUUUGAUUAUAACGCCGUCAACCACCAAGCCUUGGCUAGGUUAUACGCUAUACACAAUCUCAGCUUACCUUACCCUCCUCGAACGACACUACAACAUGCCUAUCAACGCUUCAACACCUCUUCUUUACCGCAAUCGGCUGUGAAAGUAACCGGUCAGGCAAGCGUGUUCCACUCCAGCCUCGAAUGCGAGGUUUUAUCCCUUAGCCACGCCGAAAUGGAGAGUCGUGGUGAAGGGAAUGACAAAUAUAUGGAUUUUCGCUUUACUUCCGAUGCGUGUGGCGAGCUCAACCAGUGGACCACAUUUUGGCCUAGGUUGAAUGGUCAUUAUUUUUCACUGUUCAGUGUUCUUGAACCAGAGGACAUGCACUGUGCGGAUAAUGAUCGGCGGUUAAUAACCACCUUCGGCGUAACGGCUGCGAACGAGAGCUCAGAUUCCGUUCCUCUCGACAUGAUCAACUCCUCCACUAUCCUUUGCCGCCCGGAUUAUGGAAUAUCACCCGGCCUCGUAGUUUUGGACACCAACUCUUCGACCUCUGAGCUCCCAACUAUUAGUAUAGCGGCGAAUAGUAGUAAUGAGGGGUUUUCCGGAGUUACCCCAAGCGCUAUCCUUGACGCAAUCUACCACAGCUGGAUGAAUACAGGGGAGGACCUAUUCCUUAACCACUUAACCGAUUACAUUCCUCUGACUCUACCUAAUAUAACUCGGGACGCUUUAACGACGAACGCAACACUAUUUGCUAUUGGAAUGGACGCCUUUUUCCAAGCUUUUGCAGCUCAGCUUGCCGAUUUAUACUUCUUCCAGCCUACCACUGAAUUUGGCUUCCUAGCCAUCAUGAUCAUUUUAACAAUCACUUCAAUGUUUAUGGUUCCGAAAAGAUGCGUGCCACUCGAUCCUGGCCCAAUGGCAGGUAUGGCAACCAUCCUAGCUCGAUCACCAGAAAUCACAAGCACGCUGCAUGGCACAGGGGCUUCUACCUUAACAACAAUUCGGACAAGACUCGCUACGUCAGGAUACGUGACCCAAAUGAACCAUUCUCUCUCCGACUUCAGCAUUAUACAAACACCUUUACCGAGUGGAAAAACAGAAGAGCAAGAGGAGCCUUUAAGUCCAAACGGACAAGAGAUACAGAAAGUCGAAGAAUCGGAAAAGGGAAAGGAGAUCAGCUGGUUCCGACCGGCAGCGGUAGCCUUUCCAACAAAGCUUAUUAUGGUCCUACUCCCCCUCGUUCUUGUGGCUGCGCUUGAGGUGCUAUACCAGAAAAGUCAUAAGCACAAAGGUAUCUAUAACCUCCCAUCUAGCGAGUACGGACACUACAUAUACACAUACAUCCCAACCGUCAUACUCGUCUCUAUGGGUCUCCUAUUCUCCGGCCUCGACUUUUCAGCCAAGAUUAUCCAACCAUACCAACUCUUAUGCCGAGGCGGUGCACCCGCCAACGAUGCAUUUUCUGAAGACUACCUCAGCAAGUUCGGCUUGCAUUGUAUCUGGAGAGCCAUCGCACGAAAGCAUGUCGCCGUGGCAAGCUCUUCGGUGGGCAUGUUGCUCGUGCCUUUUCUUACCAUUGCUGCAAGCGGUUUGUUCUACGCUGAGACUUUACCGCAAAGCUAUGAUAUUCAGCUCACUACCGUGGACUCGUUUGAUUACACCUUUCUAUCAUGGGAAUACUAUCAUGGAUUAGGCUGGGCUAUGGCAAAUCUCGUUCUGGGAGCGGGACUUGACGAGCCUCUCUUUACGUACAGGAAUCUGCUGUUCCCGGCAGUGGAUGUGUUAUCCCCUCUACCAUCUAGCCUUUCAUCCGAUACUAUACGAGAAGGUUCCAUAGCUACACGCGUUCCCGCAUUCCGGGCACAGUCCAACUGCUCAUCCGCUUCAUUAUACAACUUCACAUACAGCGAGCAAUUGUCAACUGUCAACGAGAACGAAACCAUAAAAUACGUCACCUUCGACAUAGUGCUUCCUAAGGCCUGCAGCCCGGAGAACACAAGCCUUAGUCUCACAGUCUCUGACGGCGAUGAUAGUGCAUACACCAGCGGUUUAUACUCUGGUUCCUGGAAUGAAGGAAACUUCACACCCUACUGUGCGCAUUGUCCCGAUAAGGUUGUCAGCUUCAGCUAUGUCCGUAACAACACUCUUGAGGAUCUCGACGUCCUCAUUUGCACACCGUACCUUGAGACGGUUGAAGUCGAUGUCGUACUUAACGCCGCCGACUUUUCCUUCAACCUCACAGCCGCCCCACCAACACCCAUCGACUCUACAGCUACUUUUGUCCGCAACCUGACGUAUUUCAAAAACAUAGAUAUAAACCUCUAUGACGGCUGGUUUAGGAGAUUUGGAAUAGAGAGAGUCAAGGGUGCCGAAGUCGAUGGCUUCUUCGCCACGUUAAUCGACGGCGUGGAUGCUAUUGCCCCGGCUGACCUUCUCCCUAAGAAUGAUCCUACGCACGCCCGGCUGCACGCUGCUAUUGAUCGCUUGUACGGUCGAGUCGUCGCGCAGGUCUUGAACACGCAGCGGGUUGUGGAAAGAAACCAAACAACUCAACAGCCUAUCAAUGCAACACUGACAGUGCCCGAUCACAUGCGACUCAAGCAGAACCUCAUCUCCACAAGAGCCCUAGAGGCAUUACUCGCAGCCAUUUCGCUGUGUGCACUACUAACAUACCUUACCUUGGAUACGAAGAAAGUAUUACCGAAAAAUUCGUGCAGCGUGGCAGCCGUAUGGAGUUUGCUGGCUGGGUCAAGAUUGCUAGAAGAGUGUUUCUCACCGGGUUCCGAACUCAUGAGUGGAGAUCACCAGAAAGGAUUGAAUUUUCGUUUGGGGUGGUGGCCGGGCGGGAGGUUCGGGUUGGAUUUCGAGGUGAGUGAGGAGGAUGGUGAGGCGGAGCAGCGGUAG